AUGGAUCAGGAGGCAGGUGAAACAGCGAGGGAUUCUCUAGAGCUUGUGUUUCGCAUGUCGAACAUAUUAGAGACAGGUCUGGAUCGACAUACUUUGUCUGUUCUCAUAGCUCUUUGUGAUCUUGGUCUUAACCCUGAGGCUUUAGCUGCUCUUGUCAAGGAGCUUCGUAGAGAUUCUGCUUAA